AGUCCUCGCUUGACGGCGACGAAGCCGGAAGCUCCAGCCGCCGCCGUCGUCCCCUCCCUGUCCCCGCCCGCCGGGUGCCGCCGGAGGUUGACAGGUCGAGGCGGGGAGGCGGCGGCGGCGGCGGCGGCAGAGCCGGACGCCCGAGACGGAGACCCCAUGGGGAACGCUCCGAGUCACAGCAGUGAAGACGAAGCCGCCGCCGCCGGUGGCGAGGGCUGGGGCCCGCACCAGGAGUGGGCCGCAGACUCGGGCACGAUCCCCGGCCCGGGCCCCGCGGCGCCCGCGCUGCCGCCCGCCGCGGCGCUGCUGGAGCCGGCCCGGCUGCGGGAGGCGGCGGCGGCGUUGCGGCCCGCGCCGCCCUGCGAGUCUCUGGUGUCUAGGCACCACGGCGCGCUGCUGCGCUGGCUGGAAGAGCGGCUGGGCCGCGGCGAAGAGUCCGUCACCUUGGAGCAGUUCCGGGAGCUGCUGGAGGCUCGUGGCGCCGGCUGCUCGGGCGAGCAGUUCGAGGAGGCCUUUGCCCAGUUUGACGCCGAGGGUGAUGGUACAGUGGAUGCCGAGAACAUGCUGGAGGCCCUCAAGAACUCCAGUGGGGCUAACCUCCAGGGGGAGCUAGGCCACAUCAUCAGGCAACUGCAGGCCUGCUCUCUGGUCCCAGGUUUUAUAGACAUAUUUUCAGAGUCCAAGGAGGGCCUGGGUGUUCACGCGUCCCUGAUCCUGCGUUUCCUGCAUCGCAACCGGCUCUCCGGCAUGGCCGUCCCCUGCCCCAUGUUGGACCACUGCAAUAACAUGUGCUCCAUGAGGGUUUCGGUUCUGAAGGAGUCCCUGGACCAGCUGGUACAGAAGGAGAAGGAGAGCCCUGGAGACCUAACUAGGAGCCCUGAGAUGGAUAAACUCAGGUCGGUGGCGAAGUGCUACGCUUACAUAGAAACGUCCUCCAACCCCGCGGACAUCGACAAGAUGACAAACGGAGACACGGCGUCAUACUGGCAGUCGGACGGCAGUGCCCGCUCACACUGGAUCCGCUUAAAAAUGAAGCCAGAUGUUGUGCUUAGGCACUUGUCCAUCGCAGUGGCUGCCACAGACCAGAGCUACAUGCCGCAGCAGGUGACCGUGGCUGUGGGGAGGAGUGUCGGUGAGCUCCAGGAUGUCCGCGACGUGCACAUCCCCAGCAAUGUCACCGGCUACGUGACGCUGCUGGAAAAUGCCAACAUCAGCCAGCUCUAUGUCCAGAUUAACAUAAAACGUUGUCUUAGCGAUGGAUGUGACACUAGAAUUCAUGGUCUGAGGGCUGUUGGCUUUCAGAGAGUUAAGAAGUCUGGGGUCUCAGUCUCAGAUGCUUCUGCAAUCUGGUACUGGUCUCUGCUGACAUCUCUGGUGACGGCGUCCAUGGAGACAAACCCCGCCUUCGUCCAGACCGUGCUGCACAAUACUCAGAAGGCGCUGCAGCACAUGCCUCCACUUUCCCUCUCACCAGGAUCCACGGAUUUCUCGACUUUCCUGUCUCCCAACGUUCUUGAAGAAGUGGACAGCUUCCUCAUAAGAAUAACGAGCUGCUGUUCGACUCCAGAGGUGGAGCUGACCCUUCUGGCUUUUGCACUAGCAAGAGGAAGUGUCGCCAAAGUGCUGAGCUCUCUGUGUGCCAUCACUGACCACCUGGACACACGCUACGAAGCCUCGUCCCUCAUCUCCUCCAUGGCGUCAGUCAGGCAGAACCUGCUCCUUAAAUACGGUAAACCUCUCCAGUUGAUCCUUCAGGCCUGUGAUGUCAAAGGGAAGGAAGAGAAAUCAGGGCCUGAAAACCUCCUCGUCGAGCCGUGGACGAGAGACGGGUUUCUUACAGAGACUGGAAAAACCAGAGCAAGUACUAUUUUUUCUACAGGAACUGAAUCUGCCUUCCAAGUUACACAGAUCAGAAUUAUGGUUCGACGUGGUGGCAUUGGGGCCCAGUGCGGGUUGGUGUUUGCCUACAACUCAUCUUCUGAGAAAUUUCACGCAGAAGAACACUUCAAAAGGUUUGAAAAGUAUGACAAAUGGAAACUUCAGGAAUUCAGGCAGUUUGUAAAAAGCAGGGCUGGUUGCUCACCUGGUGACCUUGGAGAGGAAGACCCUGUUGGCUGGUUUGAGCUCGAAGAGGAAUGGGACGAAGCAGACGUGAAGCUGCAACAGUGCAGAGUCGCCCAAUAUUUGAUGGUGAAGUUCCUCUGCACCCGCCAGGAGUCGGCAGAGCGCUUGGGAGUGCAAGGCCUCAGCAUCAGUGGGCAUCUCCGGCCGGCGAGAACCGGGGCAGAGCAGCACGUCGUCUGCACCCGCUGCGUAAAGGACACGGAGGACAGUGUCUGCGGGGCCACCCUGCUGCUCAGGACCCUUCAGUUCAUUCAGCAGCUCGCCCAUGACCUGGUGCAGCAGAAGGAAAGUGGCUUAAAAUACAAAUCUUUUCUGGACUUCACGGGUCUUGAUUUGCAGAUCUUCUGGAAUUUUUACAGUAGAUUAAAGCAAAAUCCGAGGGAAGAAUGCAUCUGUGCCCAAACCCUGCUUCUGCGCCUCCUGCAGAGCUGUUUCUCCGUGCUGCGGAGCGACGGGCCGGCCGCCUCUCAGGACGCAAAGGCUCCCCGGCAGAGCCCUGAAGGGGCGGGGGCUGCCAAGGAGCUCCACACGCACUUGUGUGACGUGGUGGAUAGGCUGGAUGGAGACUCUGUGCCCAUGGAAACAUUAAAACAAGAAGUCAAGAACACCCUUCUUAAUGGGGCUGCCAUCUUCUUUCCCGAUCGACAGACCCGACGGGACCACCUCUUUGCCAUGAUGAAGAAUGUCACCGAGCAAGAGCACAGGCAGUCUCUGCAGCUCACCUUCCGGUCACUGUGCACGUAUUUUAGUGAUAAGGAUCCAGGUGGCCUUCUGCUCUUGCCCGAGAAGGGUGACGUGGCCAGCAUGAACAGCAGUGACGUGCUGGCGGUCAUGAGCGUCCUCCUGUCCGUCGCUGCUCGAGAGUGUGAGCUGUUGGUGCUCAGUGGGGCCCAAGGGGAGGCCGGCUCUGUGCUCUUCUCCCUGUUCUGGGCGGUCCAAGGCAGCCUGCUGUCCUGGUGCUACCUGCAGCUGAAGAGCACGCACUCCGGAGCCCGACAGCUCGCCGCGGACCUCCUCGACCAGUAUGUGGCACAGUUUCUGGCGAGCUUGAGAGUGAUUUUGGAAUCCCUUUUGUCACAGUAUAGUGGAAAGACCCUUGUAGAGAAAUUGUGUAAUUCGGUGUUUUCGAUGGCAGCUCGUCAACUGGUCAUCUUUCUCCUGGACUUCUGCACUCUGGACAUUUCGCACUGUGUGCUCCUGAGAGAGUUCAGCACGCUCCCGGAACUGUUGAAGCAGCUGUGCAGUGACCCUGAAGGAGGGCCAAAUACGCUCGAUGUGGAGCCUUGGCCACAGGAGCGUCCGGUGGUGUUACACACGUGGACGAAGGAGUCUGCACACAACUAUGAGAACAACUGCCACGAGGUGUCCGUCUUUGUUAGCCCGGGCGCAACCUGUUUUGAGGUGGAAUUUGAUGAGCGGUGUGAGACUGAGAAGCGGUACGAUUAUCUGGAAUUUACCGACGCUAGAGGUGGAAAGACACGCUAUGACACCAAAGUCGGCACUGACAAGUGGCCCAAGAAAGUGACCUUUAAGGCCGGCCCGCGGCUCCAGUUCCUCUUUCACUCUGACAGCAGUAACAAUGAGUGGGGCUACAAGUUCACAGUCACGGCCUACGGUCUGCCCGACGUGGCCGUGUCGUGGGCGUCGGAUUUACAACUGCUUGUUUCCCGGCUGCUGGGACGCCUCGCUGCCCAGUGCAUGGCGCUCAAGUCUACGCACAAGUUAGGGGGCGACGUGGCCGUGCCCCCAGCAAAAAUGGCGGCGGUCCUGAACUCCCCGCUGUGGAAACCGGUCUUCCGGCAUCAGCUGUGUCUGGAGCUGGGAUUAGCAGCCAGCUGGCCCACUAGCCCGCGCCAGGAUAGUAAGGAGGUCACGUGCAUCCCCGAGGAUCCCUGCCGCCGUCUCCUUCUUGAGUUUGUACAGGCAGACCCUGCCCAGAGCUGCUGUGGGCCACUGUCAGAACUGUGCAAGGGACUCAUACAGGCAUGUAGAAAACAGGCCCCAAAGACAGAUAGAGUUGCUGGUUCCACUAUUGAUCAAGCUGUGAACGCCACCUUUGCUGCUCUGGUGUGUCGUACUCCAGACUUAUAUGAGAAGCUGCAGAAAUAUGUAAAAAGUGGGGGCCACACAGCCCUGAGCGAGGAGUUUGCACAGGUGUACUAUUUGGCAGAUGGGAUUCGGAUAUGGAUGCUAGAGAUGAAGCAGAAGUCCCUGAUGAGCCUGGGGAGCGAGGCAGAAGGAAGGCACGGGUCCGAGGCUGCCGAGCUGAACCCCGAGAGCCUGGCGAAAGAGUGUAUUCAGAAGAGUCUCCUGUUGCUAAGAUUUUUGCCCAUGGGAGUGAGUUCAGAAGAAAGCCGUGACAAGUUGGCGGCCACAGAUGACGUGGAUCACCUGCAGCCACGCGACAGGCGCCCGAGGACGAGCUCUGUGGUGGAGGAGCAUUUCCAGGCCUCGCUGUCUCCCGUGGAAGCGGCCACACCUGCCGUGAGGGACGGGGGUCCCGGCUCGGAAGCGCAGCCACACCUGCCCCCCGGCAGCGGCCCCCCUGCCUCAGAGGUGCCCCCUGCCGCCCCUGAGGAGCCCUCGUCACCUUCCGCUCCCACCCGGCGGCCUCCCUUCACCCGAGGGCGACUCCGGCUGCUCUCCUUCCGGUCAGUGGAGGAGGCCAGACCGGCGCCCACAGUGAAAGAGAAAUACCCCCUGCUGAGGGAUGUCCUGGACUUCAUCAAGGACCAGUCCCUCUCCCACGAGAGUGUUGUGAAGGUUCUCUCCUGGAGGAAAGCCCAAGCGCAGAGCGUCCUCGAAGUCCUGAGGAUAGUUCAGUACUGCACAGAGUCCCUCGGGCAGCCGCACUGCUUCCAGCCGCCGUGCAUUCUCUUCCUGCUGGAACUUCUGACCUGCCAGAAAGAGUUUACCAAUUAUUUUGGACACUUGGAGGGCUGUGGCGCAGACCUGCACAAAGAGAUUCGAGACACUUACUACCAGUUUGUUCUAUUUUUGGUCAAAGCGGUUAAAGGAUUCAGCAGCAUAAACGACAGCGUCCACAAAUUGCACCGUCAUGGGCUCUCUAGGUCCCUGCUGCCUGCCUUGUCCUGUGUGCAGACAGCCCUGCUUCAUCUUCUGGACAUGGGCUGGGAACCUGGCGACCUCGCUUUCUUUGUGGACAUUCAGCUACCAGAUCUCCUCAUGAAAAUGACACAAGAGAACAUAAGUGUCCACGACAGUGUGAUCAGCCAGUGGAGUGAAGACGAUGAGCUUGCUGAUGCCAAGCAGAACUCAGAAUGGAUGGACGAGUGUCAGGAUGGCAUGUUUGAGGCCUGGUAUGAAAAAAUAGCCCAGGAAGACCCAGAGAAGCAGAGGAAAAUGCACAUGUUCAUUGCCCGCUACUCCGAGCUGCUGCACGUGGACAUCUCCUGCGACGGGUGUGACGAGAUCGCGCCCUGGCACCGCUACCGGUGUCUGCAGUGCAGCGACAUGGAUCUCUGCACGACCUGCUUCCUAGGUGGGGUGAAGCCCGAGGGCCACGGAGAUGACCACGAGAUGGUCAGCAUGGAGUUUACCUGUGACCAGUGCCAGGGUUUGAUCAUCGGCCGGAGGAUGAAUUGCAAUGUGUGUGAUGACUUCGAUCUUUGCUACGGGUGCUAUGCGGCAAAGAAAUACUCCUAUGGCCAUCUGCCCACCCACAGUGUCACGGCUCAUCCGAUGGUGACCAUCCGGAUCAGCGACCGUCAGAGGCUCAUCCAGCCUUACAUCCACAACUACGCCUGGCUGCUCUUCGCCGCGCUGGCUCUCUAUAGCACCCACCUGGCCAGCGCAGAGGAUGCGGGCGGUGAGAGGCUGGAUUCCCGGGCCCGCAGCAGCGCCGCGGCCCUGCACAGCCAGUGCAUGCAGCUUGUGGGGGACUGUCUGAUGAAGGCUCACCAGGGAAAAGGUCUGAAAGCCCUAGCUCUUCUCGGGGUACUGCCAGAUGGUGACGCUAGUCCUGAAAGUCAGGCCCCGCCCGUCGCUGUGCCCGCCCACACACCGGAGGAGGAGAGAGCGAUCCGGGUCGCUGAGGGCCCGUCACACACUGGCCCUUCUCCGCACGACACUGGAAAGAGAGAUGGUCACAAGGUCAGACCUUUCGACUGCAAGCAGAGGAGUAAGGAGGACGAAGGUGCGUCUUUAGUGAAGGAUCCCGCACGCCAGACUCAAGUUUCAGACUCACCUGCAGGGCUUCCAGAUGCUGACACUUCAGUCGUGUCCUCUCAGAAGCCCAUCGAGGAAAAGGCAGUUACUCCCAGCCCGGAGCAGGUGUUUGCUGAGUGUUCCCAGAAGAGGAUUUUGGGAUUACUAGCAGCCAUGUUACCUCCCUUAAAGUUGGACCCCGCGGUCCCCGUGAUAGACCUGGAGCGUGCCCUCCCACUCAUGUUUCAGGUUGUCAUCUCGAACGCAGGCCACCUGAACGAAACCUACCACCUCACGCUGGGUCUUCUCGGCCAGUUAAUCACCCGCCUUUUACCAGCAGAGGUGGAUGCUGCCGUGGUGAAGGUCCUCUCCGCCAAGCACACCUUGUUUGCAGCGGGGGACAGUUCCGUCGUGCCACAUGGCUGGAAGACCACCCACCUGCUCUUCAGCCUGGGAGCCGUGUGUCUGGACAGCCGGGUGGGCUUGGACUGGGCCUGCUCCAUGGCGGAGAUCCUGCGGUCCCUCAGCGGUGCCCCCCUGUGGCGUGACGUCAUCGCCACCUUCACGGACCACUGCAUCAAGCAGCUGCCAUUCCAGCUGAAGCACACCAACAUCUUCACCCUGCUUGUGCUGGUUGGCAUCCCCCAGGUCCUCUGUGUGGGAACUCGCUGUGUGUAUGUGGAUAAUGCCAAUGAGCCCCAUGACGUGAUCAUCCUGAAGCACUUCACUGAGAAGAACAGGGCUGUCGUCGUCGAUGUCAAAACCCGGAAAAGGAAAACAGUGAAGGACUACCAGCUGGUCCAGAAAGGACAGGAAUGCAACGACUGUCAGGCCCAGCUGAGCCAGUACUCCCAGCACUUUGCCUUUAUCGCCAGUCACCUCCUGCAAACCAGCAUGGAGAGCCAUUGUCCUGAGGCAGUGGAGGCAACUUGGGUCCUGUCCCUGGCCCUCAAAGGACUGUAUAAGACACUGAAGGCUCACGGUUUCGAAGAGACCCAUGCGACCUUCCUUCAGACGGAUUUGCUGAAGCUGCUGGUGAAAAAGUGCAGCAAAGGAACUGGUUUCAGUAAAACGUGGCUCCUCCGGGAUCUAGAGGUUUUGUCCAUCAUGCUGUACUCCUCCAAGAAGGAGAUCCACACCUCGGUCGAGCACACAGGCCUGGAACCGGAUGAGCGAGGGGAUCAAGGGGAGGACGCAGAAGGCGUGGUCAGCAGCCCUGGAGAGCAGGAGCAGAGGAAGCUAGAUCCUCUGGAAAGCCUGGAUGAGCCCACCAGAAUAUGUUUCUUGAUGGCGCACGACGCCCUCAAUGCCCCUCUGCACGUUCUCCGGGCCAUAUACGAGCUGCAGAUGAAGAGGACCGAUUCUUUCUUCCUGGAGGUUCAGAAGAGGUUUGAUGGGGAUGAGCUCACCACGGACGAAAGGAUCCGGACCCUGGCUCAGAGGUGGCAGCCCAGUAGGAGUUUGAGACUGGACGAGCAGAGCGCCAAGGCCGUGGACACAGACAUGAUUAUCUUACCGUGUCUGUCGCGGCCCGCACGCUGUGACCAGGCCACUGCCGAGUCCAACCCCGUGACCCAGAAGCUCAUCUCCAGCACGGAGGGCGAACUGCAGCAGAGCUAUGCCCAGCAGCGCCGGAGCAAGAGUGCUGCCCUCCUGCACAAGGAGCUGGGCUGCAAGAGCAGGAGGGCCGUCCGCGAGUACCUCUUCCGCGUGAAUGAGGCCACGGCUGUCCUGUAUGCCCGCCACGUGCUGGCGUCCUUGCUCGCUGAGUGGCCUGGGCACGUGCCCGUGAGCGAGGAGACCCUGGAGCUGAGCGGCCCGGCCCACAUGACCUACAUUUUGGAUAUGUUCAUGCAGCUGGAAGAAAAGCAUCAGUGGGAGAAGAUCCUGCGGAAGGUACUCCAGGGCUGCCGAGGGAGCAUGCUGGGGACCAUGGCCCUGGCUGCCUGCCAGUUCAUGGAGGAGCCUGGGAUGGAAGUGCAAGUGAGGGAGUCCAAACACCCGUAUAACAAUAACACCAACUUUGAGGAUAAGGUCCACAUCCCUGGUGCAAUCUACCUCUCAAUCAAAUUCGACGCGCAGUGCAGCACAGAGGAGGGCUGUGACGAGCUGGCCAUGUCCAGCAGCAGUGACUUCCAGCAGGAUCGACACACUUUCAGUGGGUCUCAGCAGAAAUGGAAGGAUUUUGAGCUUCCAGGAGAUACUCUGUAUUAUCGCUUCACCUCUGACAUGAGCAACACGGAGUGGGGCUACAAAUUCACUGUGACGGCUGGACACCUCGGGCGAUUCCAGACAGGGUUCGAGAUUUUGAAGCAGAUGUUGUCAGAAGAAAGAGUUGUGCCACACCUCCCACUGGCCCAGAUUUGGGAAUGGCUGGUGGGUGUGGCUUGUCGCCAGACUGGCCAUCAGCGAUUGAAAGCCAUUCACCUGCUUCUGAGGAUCGUCCGCUGCUGCACCCACAGCGACCUCUGUGACCUGACGCUGCUAAAGCCCCUGUGGCAGCUCUUCACGCACAUGGAGUACAGCCUGUUCGAGGACGUGACACAGCCUGGCAUCCUCCUCCCCCUGCACCGCGCCCUCACGGAGCUCUUCCUCGUCACCGAGAACCGCGCCCAGGAGCUGGGGUUGCUGCAGGAGUACCUGCUGGCCUUAACCACCGACGACCACCUUCUCCGCUGCGCAGCACAGGCUCUACAGAACAUCGCUGCUAUCAGCCUGGCCAUCAACUACCCAAACAAGGCAACCCGCCUCUGGAAUGUCAAGUGUUAGCCCUUGGUAUGGUGUGCAUGGACCUAGCUGAUGUGUCCACACGGGUUUUAGAGCAGACGUCUAAACUCAUUCAGGGAAAUGCCCAUGCUGUAGCGUCCGGCCCCCCUUGAGCUCCCCCUUUGCUCCGAGUAGAAUGCCAAGUAGUCACGCCUCCAAGAACUUGCCACGUCACAAGCUAGACACCUGCACACACCAUAGCAUAUGAGAAUGAGUAUGAAUAACUCAGAAUUAUUUGGGAGGGCAGGCAGGGGCCCUUGAGAAGGUUGUUCAGAGACCAGCCUGGAAAGGGUUCUGUCUCCGUCGAGCCGGAGCCGGUGGCUGAACGCGGCGUCUGCCUGGAGCUGCGUCCCUCAGCAAGACCUCCGGCAGCGGUGGCCUUGCCUGGGAGCUCUCCCUUUGCUCUUGCUUCUUGAGACUGGAUGGUCCAAACCAAAGCUGAUGAGAGCUUGUCCUGGCUGCCACCUGGCCCCCGAGCACCCACGCAGCUGCCCCGCAGAAGUCAUCGGUGACAACAAGUGCCCUUGGAAACGGCCAGCGAGCCUCCCACGUGCAUCACUCGUGCACCGGUUCCAGCACAUCUGUGUUGAGUUGUUUCAACUUAUUCCAGUUUCCACCUCACAUUUUUAGAGCAGAACAACAUGACUCCCUUGAAAGGCCCCACGGGAGGCCUGGCAGAACGGUCACGCAGGGGGACACACUGUUUGUGGAAGCAACAAGUUGAGGAAUUCUCUUUAGCUUCUGUACUUAAAUACUUGAAGUGUUAUCAGAUGAGAUCUUAUUUUAGAAGUAAAAACAAAACAAAACAAAACAAAAAAAAAACAAAAACCAAAUAAACAAAAGACACAUGAUUUUAUUUCUUCUCCGUGGUCAUGGGCAGCCCAACGUGUCCGCCCCAGGGCCCCACCUGCUUCUGCGGCUGUCAUUUGUCUGGCUGUGAGUGCGCCAGGUCUCGCGAAUGCUGUUUUCCAUUUUUCUUUUUAUGAUUGCGGUCUUGCCCUGAAGUGCCGACGAUUCUCUUUGCAAAGCCAUGCUUUGGAGCGUGAGGGCGGGGUGGGUACCUGGGCUGCGCGCAAGGCUCGGUGAAGAGCGCUUGGGGCCGUUGCCGUUUCAGGGCGGGCGUCCUGGCCUGAGCACGGCCUGCUGCGCGGGGCCCGGGGAAGGCCGAGGGGAGCAGGUCAGUGCUCCCAUGGCCUCUGAAGCCCCCUUUGCAGGGUCUGCAGGGUCUGGGGUGGAGGGGCCCGAGAGUGCAGGUCCCACGAGUGUCUUCCUGCAGAAGCACUUUUGCCUUCUUGGUCAGGAGGCCGAGGGGCAGCAACCUCAUGCAGCCUCAGAGUUGUAUUCUCACUCAAGCCCCAAGCUACACGUUGAGCCAGCGUGUGGGGGACAGUUCGAAGGAGAUGCAAACCGAGGGGCCCGUCCUGAAACUUGGUGACGUCAGGCCUGGGGCCCCGGGCUCGGUCUGGUCCCCCAUGGUGUCGGGAUGCAAGCUCCGGGCACUGCGGCUUGGAGGAAACCGUCCUCAGCUUUCAGAGAAGGCCCCACGCUCGCUACCACCCAGGCCCAGGCCGGUCUCAGUGCAGAGGGGGGCCUGGAAGAUGGACGAGACGGUGUGCUCGCCGCUUCGCCUUGCUGCCACCCACAGCCCUCGUGCCCCAGACCGACUGACCAAAGCAGGACAGAUGGCGGGGCGGGUUCACACCUCCUGGUGUGGUCACUGCCAACCGUGUUCCCCCAUCCUGCUGGGAGGCCCAACUGUGAGUAAAUGCCGGCCCCCGCACCGCCGCUGUCUCAUGCCGCCCUUGCCGUUCUGGCCUCUCUGACUUUGCACGGAGUGAACCCGGGUUCUGCUUCGCACACAGCCGCUGCUCUCCCCCGCUCAGCCCGCCCCACCCACCUGGGCCCCUGGGCCCCACCGGCCCGCAGUGUCUGGAAGAACGGACACCACUGAGACCAGCCUGCCUUGAUCCUUCUUGGAGGCAGAACUUCCAGGCAGGAGAUAAAACUGGCAGGAAUAAAGGUGUCGUGGAAACAUGUGCCUGAUUUAUAAAGAGAUUCUGACCCAAAUCCUAUAUAUUGUACAGACACUGUUCCUAAGGGGAGGAGUGACUUAUUUUCAUCAUUGUUUUUAAUUUGUUUUCUUACGGGUUUACGAUUUUGAAUUUUUCUUAUUUGUUUGAAAGAAAGAAUUUUGAUUAUAUCAAGCUGAGUGAUUUCAGCCUGUAAAAAGGAUGUUGAGUUGUGGGUAAAAUAUGCAAAUGAAGAGAAAUAUAUUGUACAAAUUCUAUAUAAAAAAGUGCAGCUGUG